UGUGAAACAGGAAUUGCAUCUUCUGAGGUGAGUGAAGACACCACAAGCUUAUUGGAUACAGUACAAGUGUUUGAUUUGAAUGGGAAUGGUGUACCAAUUUCUGAUUUGUGGAAAGAUAGGAAAGCAGUUGUUGCAUUUGCUCGUCAUUUCGGAUGUGUUCUUUGUCGCAAACGUGCUGAUUAUCUUGCUGCAAAGAAGGAUAUAAUGGAUGCAGCUGGUGUGGCACUUGUUCUAAUUGGACCAGGUAGCGUAGAUCAGGCAAAAGCAUUCUCUGAGCAAACAAAAUUCAAAGGAGAAGUGUAUGCAGAUCCCAGCUACUCAUCAUACAAAGCGUUGAGAUUUGUUUCUGGGGUUUCGACUACAUUUACUCCUGGGGCAGGUCUGAAGAUUAUACAGGCAUACAUGGAAGGUUACCGACAGGACUGGGGGCUGUCCUUCAAAAAGGACACCAGGACAAGAGGCGGCUGGUAUUGAACCAUUUAAUGAAUCUAUUGUCUUGAUGUUAUUCAAUAGCCAUCACUUUGCAUAAGUUAG